GCAGAUAAUUUUUCGGAAACAGAAAUGGCAACACUGUCGUUCAAUUAGUCAAGGAAACAGCGGAUUUGUUUUGUUUAUGAUGCAAAACUACGAAAUUUUAAAAUGUUGAGAAGUUUACUUAUGGGAAAUGUUUCUACGCUUGAUUUCGAAGAUGAGAAGCUGUUUAACAUUAAAAAAGAACCGGAUUGGGAAGAUAUGAAGAUUAAACAGGAGUUAGAUUUCGAGAUUGACAACAUCAAUGAACAUGGAGAAUUCAAUAUUGUUAAAGACGAACAAGAUUUACAGUUUCAAGAUGUUGAUGACUUCAAUUCUGUAAGUGAUGCAGAUUUUUAUGAUUGUAUACCAUACCUGAAUGGUUUCUCUCAACCAUAUCAAAACAAUAUGAUGUUCUUUCACCACGAAGAGAAUCACCUUUAUAACUUUAAAGCAAGUCUUCCAGAAUUAGAUUUCAUUGACAAUUUAAUUAAAAAUGAAAGCUGCAAAGGAUUUGAAUUACAGGACGAAGACGAUGAAAUAAUACCACUCGAUUGCAAUAUCAAUGAUAUCAUACAAAAGCCGGAAAAACAUUUUAAAUGUAACAUUUGCCAAAAGGAAUUUGGUUUUAAACUUAAAUUAAAACUGCAUAUAGCACUUCAUACAAAAAAGAAAUAUUAUCAAUAUAAACUAUGUAAGAAAAAAGUUACAAGGAAAGAUUAUUUGAAAAAAUGUAUAAUGCUGUAUUCCGGAAAGAAAUUUCAAUGUGAAUUUUGUAAAAGGAUUUAUCAAAACCAAUUUUUCUUCAGAACUCACCAACUGAUUCACAUUGGAAAAAGAACAUACAGUUGUAAUAUCUGUAAAGAACGAUUUUUCCUGAAUGCCCACUUACAAAGACACAAAAAAGUUCACAUUGGAGAGAAUCCUUUCUACUGCAAGAUCUGCAAGAUAAAUUUUCGGUUUGAAUCCGAUCUUACAAAUCAUCUAAAAAACCAUUCGGGAGUGAGACUGUAUCCAUGCGAGCUUUGUGAAAGGAGUUUUAUCUGCCAGUCUCACUUAACACAGCAUCUUAGUUUUCAUUUCGAUGAGAAGCCAUUCGAAUGUGAUCUUUGCAAAGCAGGUUUUAAGAAUAGAUCAGAUCUAAUACAGCAUCAAACUUAUCAAUGUGAAGACAGACCUUUUCAAUGCGAGCUUUGCAAAAAGAGCUUUAAAUGCAGAUCACAUUUAACAAAGCAUCAAAAAACUCAUUCUGAAGAAAGACCUUUUCAAUGUGAGCUUUGCAAAAAAAGUUUUAAGAGCAGAUCAAACUUGACUCGACAUCAAAGUUACCAUUCUGGAGAGAGGCCAUUUGAAUGUGAGCUGUGUAAGAAAAGCUUUAAGAAUAAGUCCGACUUGAUACAGCAUCAGAAAUGGCAUUCCGGAGAGAGACCUUUUGAAUGUGAUCUUUGCAAAAUGAGUUUUAAAAAUAGGUCAAAUCUAAUGAAUCAUCAAAAAUGCCACUCGGCAGAAAGACCUUUCGAAUGUGAAAUUUGCAAAAAGAGUUUCAAAAAUAGGUCUGAUUUGGGAAAACAUCAAAAGUGUCAUUCUGCAGAGAGACCCUUUGAAUGUAAUCUCUGCAAAAUGAGUUUCAAGGAUAGGUCCAAUUUAAGGAAGCAUCAGAAACGUCAUUCUGAAGAAAGACCUUUUCAAUGUGAUCUUUGCAAAAUGCGAUUUAAGAAUAUGUCAGAUUUAAAGAGACACCAAAGAUGUCAUUCUGGUGAGAGGCCUUUUAAAUGUGAGCUUUGCAAAAUGAGCUUUAAGAGUAAAUCAGAUUUGAUACGACAUCAAAGCUGUCAUUCUGGAGAAAAGCCGUUUCAAUGUGAGCUUUGCAGAAAAAGUUUUAAGCGAAAGUCACAGUUAACUGAACAUCAAAAAACUCACUCUGACGAAAGACCAUUUCAAUGUGAUGUUUGUGAAAAAAGCUUUAAAUAUCGUAAAGAUUUAAAAUUUCAUCAAAGUUGUCAUUCGGGGGAUCGGCCUUUUCAGUGCGAAUAUUGCACCAAAAGUUUCAACUGUAGAUCACAUUUAGCAGAACACCAGCAAACCCAUUCUGAUGAUCGACCUUUUCAGUGUGACAUUUGCAAAAAGCGAUUUAAAUUCACUAAAGAUUUGAAAUUUCAUCAGAGCUGUCAUACUGGAGAGAAACCAUUUCAAUGUGAGCUUUGCACAAAAAGUUUCAAACGUAAAUCACAAUUUACAGAACAUCAAAAAACUCAUUCGGACGAGAGACCCUUUCAAUGCGAUCUCUGCAAGAAAAGCUUUAAGUACAACAAAGAUUUGAAAUUUCAUCAAAGUUGUCAUUCGGGAGACAGGCCCUUUCAAUGCGAACUUUGCACCAAAAGUUUCAAGCGCAAAUCACAGCUAACGGAACAUCACAAAACCCAUUCUGACGAGAGACCAUUUCAAUGUGAUCUUUGCGAGAAGAGUUUCAAAUAUAACAAGGAUUUAAAGUUUCAUCAACGGUCUCAUUCCGUAGAAAGACCUUUUGAAUGUGAUGUCUGUUCAAAAAGUUUUAAAUGCAGAUCAUAUCUACUACAACAUCUGAAACGCCAUUACGGUUAGAAAAAUUACUCAUUAUAAAAUUUGUGACGAAGAGUCCGACGUUAAGUCGACUUUUGAUUUAUCAAAAUAGUUACGUAAUAGAAGAAGAACAUGUUAAUAUAAUAAUUACCGAAUAAACAAAAUGAUAAUAUACAAAAAAAUACUAUAAAAAAUUUAUCUGAAAAAUCAUUCCCUAUUCAGAAAGUAUUUUUUUCUCUUAUGUGCAAUAUUGGAAAAAUUCGUUCAGGAACUGAAUAUAAAUAGAUAAUUACUAGAACAGAAAUUCUUUCAUUGUUUAGAGAUGUAAUUAGGAUUUGCAAAGAAGCAGUUUCAAGAACAUUAUUAGAGUAACAAUAAAUGAGAAACUAGAAGGCCAAUGCACAGUGUAAUUCAAUAAAAUAUAUAUAUAUAUUUAAAGAUUUAUAUAUAUAUAAAUAAAUAAAUAUAUAUAGUGAACAUUUCACUAAGAAUUAUAAAGAAAACUAUAGAAAUAUAUGCAGCUGAAAGAUCUGUAUGAAAAAAAAAUGAUUAACUUUUUAUCAUAUUUGCAUCUUCAUGCAUACACAUUGCUCAAAAAAAAAAAAAAGUAGUAUAUGAUGGACUUUCUUAUGAUUGAAUGAUGAAAAUAGUGAAUUUAAUCAAAUAAAAAAACAAAAUAUAUUAUCUUGUCCAGUUUGGAGCUUGAACUCAGCACUCUGUAGCAGGUAGCACUUUACCAAAUAAGCUAACCAGAUCCUAAUCUUGCUGAGAUAAAUGUAUAUAGAUAUAAUUAAUCCUGGAUUACUUAAUUCUCACUGAAUCUUACUAAACUAUUGUAAAUUUUACUACUUUAACUUUUUAUCAAAAUUACACAAUUAAAAAAAAUGAGAUUUAUUGAAAGUAUUUAUUUUAUGCUAAAUAUUUAUACAUUCUAACAAUAUAUGUCAAAAAAAUGUAUCUGUCUGUUGCAUUCCAAUGGAAAAUGUGGUGUGUUCCUUACAAAAAAUGAAUUUAUUCACAAUGUUCACUGUUGUAAUCAAUCGACGCAAACAGAACUUUACCUGAGUUCAUGUUAUGCUAGAAGAACAAACAAUCGAUUUGCAUAUUUUAGAAGUUCAUAAGUUGUAAUAUAUGGAUCUGUAAAAGUAGGCAAGUAUUGAACAUGCAAAAUUUUUGGUGAUAAUCUAUUUCUUUUUGGAAGUAAAUUCAUUGUCAUAAUAUCUUGUUCUGUGUUGUUGCACAUUACCUGUUCAGCAUUAGAUUUAAAAAUGAUGAUCAAAUCUAUGCUGUAUUUCUUUGAAAUGCCUGGAAUUAACGAGAAUACAGCACACUUGCCGUAGUUUUAAUGCCAAUUAAGACAGGUAUCUGUAUGAAAGCUUUCAAAAUUAGAUCCAUUUUAUCGAAUAUUAUGGAAGGAUACUUUGUAUGCUCACUGUGAAUUAUGGCCAGUAUCAUUUUAAUUUUAUAUGUAUUAAAAACUGUAGAUAUAUGUAGAUUUUAACAAUCAAAUAGGCUGCUUUUUUAUUUGUAGAUAUCAAUAAGCUUUUACUUAUUGAGUAUGUAGCAAAAAGAGGGCGUUAACAAGUUUGUUCUGAGCAUGAAAUUUCAUUCAUGCAUGUUUAAAUAUGGAAGCUUGAAUGCAAAACUGCUAUGUUUGUAUUUAAACUCACAAACCAAACCACUAAAUUCACAACAUCUAUCACUUUGUAUCAUAAGAACAUAGGACUGGACGACGCAAGAUACUUGCGGAUACUUUUCCAAGAAAAGCACUCAGGAGAAAUCUAGUUGGUUUGACAAAAGUUAUUAGAAGCAUUCAUAUGUAAGCUAAAUUUCUUUGUUUUAUCUCUACGAUAAAAAAAAUAUUGUAUAUUGCAGAUAAAUCUGUACGUUUUCUGGACGUCCCAGACAAAUUGAGCAUAGAAUCCUAUAUUGCAUUUACCAAUAAUGCAGCAUAGAUCUGGUGAUCAUUUCUAAAUGGAAUGCUUAAUAGUAUUAUGCAAAAACAAUGUUGCUUUGCAUUUUUCUCAAAGUUGAGUGUUUGCAUAAUCACGCUACUAAGUGCAAUAUUGAAAAAAAAAAUUUAUAUGUCAGAACCACAGUUAUGAUGUAGUAAAAAGAAGUGUGUCUGGCUAUUACAUGCUCUUUGAAGACUUUAACAAAAUUUCAUGUAUACUGUUUGCUAAUUAUUGUAAGAACUUACAAGAAGAUUAUUAUCAUUAUAAUUAUUAUUAUUAUUAUUAUUGAAAUUGAAAAUUGAUCCUCAUUCUUUUCAUUUAUUAAUCUUUAAAGUCAAUUUUGCUCUGUGGUAUUUUGUCUAAUUCCUGCAAUUCCCGUUUGCUUCAUUUUAGACUAACCACAGUUUAUUUUCUCUUACUUUUUUUUUUAGUAUUCAGGUGUUUGUUGUGAAAGUGGAGCAGGUUUUUGCAUUUAUCUUUUAACAGAUUUAAAAUAAGGUGUAAACGGGAUAUGUGUUUGGUUUUGAAUUUUAUCAUUUUUUUAUGAAUUUAAUUCUUUAAGGGGAUUGUUUUAGUUUAUUAUGUGUUGUUGUUGCAUUUGGGAUUUGCCUUUGUGUAUCUGUAUGGAGUCAGCUAUACAUUGUAUAAUAAUGAAUAUAAUUUGUUUGCUUCAUAGUUACUGUAUUAAUUAGAAGUUCACAGAGACGAAUAUCGUUGCCGUCGGCAAGAUCAUUUUUCGAAUUUCCAAGAUACAA